CUUAACCCAGAAGUCUCCUCUCUUUCCUUGCAUAAUCACAAACUUCUGAUUCCACCAAUGACUUGCCAAACGGGUUUCUCCAGCAACUACAUGCUCCUGAAACCCAAUGAGCUGAAAUUUAUGGAUCUGUUUCACAUCCUGUUUUCCAGUGACAUACAGAAGGGGAAGUUUAUGGACUGCAGCCACUCGUCCCCGACGAGGGAGGUCGACAGUUUCCGGCAUAGAUGGAUAAUAUUCAUCUCCAUCGUGGCGCAGAAGUUCUUGAUGUUUAUGGCAAAACCCAUCGCCGGAAUGGGGUGGCUGCUCGAGAAGUGGCUUAACCUCUUGCACAGCAACGGCAACUUUGGUCGUCUCUUGGUCAAUCUUGUACGAGGGAAUGUUGAAAGUCCAGAUAAAGAGGGGGAAAAUUUCAUAUCCUUUAUUGGAAAUUUGGACAGAAGAGUGGAGCUUGAUCGCAGCAUUAAGCAUGAAGAUGGCUCCAGAUACUACGCCGCACUCGCUAUGAUGGCAUCCAAAGCAUCCUACGAGAAUAAAGCCUAUAUCCAAAAGACAGUCACUCAUCACUGGAAGAUGGAGUUCCUUGAAUUUUUUGACUAUUGGAAUGAUUUCCAAGAAAAGGCCACAACACAGGCAUUCUUGCUUCAUGAUAAAAACAACGAUCAUGACACCAUUGUCGUGGCAUUUCGAGGCACAGAACCAUUUGAUGCAGAUGCAUGGUGUUCAGACUUUGAUCUAUCAUGGUAUGAGCUCCCUAAUAUUGGGAAAAUUCACGGUGGGUUCAUGAAAGCCUUGGGGUUGCAGAAAAAUGACGGCUGGCCUAAUGAACCCUCUAAUGACAACAAACGCUCAGCACCCUUAGCUUACUAUGCCAUAAGGGAAAAGCUAAGAGAAUUGCUCAGCGGAAACGACCAAACUAAAUUUAUCCUAACAGGGCACAGUCUUGGCGGCUCGCUUGCUAUCUUAUUCCCUGCAAUUCUGGCUUUUCACAAGGACAAAACGCUGUUAGAGAGACUGGAAGGAGUGUAUACUUUUGGACAACCUAGAGUUGGAGAUGAGCAUUUUGGGCAGCACAUGCAGAAGACAUUGAAGGAGAAUGGUAUUCGGUAUUUCAGAUUUGUUUAUGGAAGCGACAUUGUGCCGAGGUUGCCUUACGACGACAAGGAUCUUAUGUUCAAGCACUUUGGCACCUGCCUCUACUUCGAUCGGCAUUACAAGGGAAAGGUUAUUACUGAGGAACCAAACAAAAACUAUUUCUCACCAAUUGGGGCUAUAAGAAUGAAGGCAAAUGCAUUCAUGGAGCUAAUAAGGAGCUUCACCAUAUCUCACUCAAGGGGACGGGAGUAUAAAGAAGGGUGGUUACUAAGAGGUUUUAGGAUAAUUGGAUUGGUGAUUCCUGGCAUCCCAGCACAUUGUCCCCAAGAUUAUGUGAACGCCACCCGUCUUGGACCCUCAGAUCUUUUUCUUUCCCACGCCUAAUUAGCACAAUUGAUUUUGCUUUAAUUUCCAUGUUGGCUGGCCAUUGCAAUUCAAAGAGGGAGGGCUGAUUAUGUACAAGAAUUUUAAUCAAUUGUACAAAUCAAUGUGUUUCAAGUUGAACCAUUUGAAAGUGUGAUUGGAAGACAUUCAAUUCCUUCAUUUAAUUCAAGUUAAAAAGGGCAGCAGCUAUUUCAGUUUCAUUAAUUAAUAAUACCUCUUUAUCUUUUCCUUUUUCUUUUGUUUUCUUUUUGGGAGAGAACAUAAAACCAGGGGAGAAGGAGACAAAUAAGAGCGGCACGAGCGG